ACCUCGUCGCGAACAUGGCUCAAAUCGUGGCUCAGCGUCAGGUAGCAACCACCAAGACCCAAUUGACUCAGAAGCAGAGUACGGAGACGGUUCAAGUCAUGCUUUAUACCUCGGCUAGCAUGCUUUGUCGCCUAAGGGGCAUUUUCCCUUCACUGGCUUUUGACGUAGCCGAGUUCGACGAUGACGACGAACUCUAUACCUUGGAAGGUCUCAUGAACGGUGAACACCCCUGCCGAGCACAGCCACCAUCAUCAUCCAGCACUUCAGUGAGACAAUCCGAGCGAGAAACAUUGAGUGUUCCACUACUCAAAAGAGGUCGAAGCGUCCGUGCAGACCAAUUCCUCGAUUCUCUUGACACAGCUUUUGAGGCACUGCAUCGAGGAACAUUACAUGCCCUGCGCAUUCCGUUCAUAAGCGAUCCUGAGGUUAACACUAACUCUCUCGAGCUGUGGUCGUUCCGCAUAGUCUACAAGAAGUCCGCCGAAGGCGAACGUCUAGUAAAAGGUCUCGAGACCAAGCUCGGGAACGAGGAUGUUUACGAUCCAAGCCUAUGUGUUAUCGAUCUUCUGGGUCAGGUUUAUGAUCAAUGCGGAGAACUCCCACAGUUGCCAGACGAUCGCUAUAUUCAGCCAAGCAUCUUGUAUAGAGAGGAUGGAUGGGAGCCCAGGGGCUUUGUGGAAACUCAGUCGCAACCAUCAGUUCAAGGAUUCGCAGGCUGGCAUCCGCAUGCCGCAGAUCUAGGCAUUAUCGGUGGACUUUAUCACGAGCAAGCCUUGCACUACGGAUCGCCUCCCUCAAACAUGAGCAUUCCAGCANCUAGACGAAUUUCCCAAGAUCUCCGGUUUCGCAAGCCUGAAGUUGUUCAGGGAGGCCGGCUUUUCACCAGGACUUCGACUCUCUCCAGUGGUGAUUCUCCUAUCCGACCAAGAACAACCUCGCCCGCUCCAAGCAGAAGGACCUCUGCCGCCUCAGCUAUACCGGAGACACCUCAGCGUAUUGUCCAGUCCGACGAGAACGAAACAUCUUCUGCAGAUCGUCGCGCCCUCCCAAAAGUCACGAGUAUCCUCUUUCUUGAUAAAAACGCACUUUCAGCAAGUGGUGUAUCACAACAUCCGGCCACAACGUCUGUCAUCUCGGAGCAGCUACCGCAUUCGGAUGUCUCAAAUGCAUCACAAGUCGAUGAUGACAUGAGACGCAGGAGCUCACUGGAUAACAUGGUAAGUUUGAAGUCGUCCAGAGCUUGUCACAGAACUAACAAGCUGUUCAGANUGAUGCCUAGCUCGUACCGUGAAGACAAUAUUGCGACUCAAGUCAGGAGAAGUGCGACUGAGUUGUUAGAUGAUCAGGACAGUCCAAUUCCAGAACUUGCUGAGCAUAUGAAAACCUAUGACUUUCUUACGAGCGAGACAGCACAUCGUCUGUGGGAUGUGACGUGCGAACUUCGGAAGAAAUCGACACCGACGCUGGUGAACGCGUCCAUCACGAGUUGCCGAUGCCAGCUUCAUGACUUGACGGAAGAGAUGCAUUCUAUCUGUCAAGGCUAUCUAGAAGGCGACAGUCGUCAGCCUUCACGACAUGUCUGCCAUCUCUGUUUGCUAGGUCGUAUGGUCGACAGGGCCACUCUUAGAAGGCUCUGCGAGUUGGCUUUGGAACGUAGGGCAAUGGACCUGCUCCUCUCUGAAGAAGUCGAUGAUGCAGUGGAGUUGAGUAGAAAGCUCAAACUGGUCACAUCUCUGGUUUCACAGGGAUUCAUUGUGGAGCAAGGUAGGCGUUCCACAAGAAACUCGCAGGGCAAGAUAAGCUUUCCAGGUUCGGUCAGCACACCAGAGUAUAUCAACUCGCUUGUAAGGCUCUUUGACCCAUACCAAGUUGUGGGACAUCACUUCUCUGAUAUUGCAUUGUCAGACGACUCAGCUGCAGAUGUAGUACAGGCAUUGAGAGCAAGAUAUCCGAUUCUUGCACCACCUCCGAGAAGGACGACACCCAAUGUCUCGCCAGAGCUAAAGAGAGCAGUAACUGCGAAUACGAGCAGGACGACGGCAGGGAGUGCGAAACCUACGACAAAGAAGAGAGAAAGAACCGUUCAAGCAGAGGAAGCCGAAAUGAGCGAGCAAGCAACACAAGCUCGCCGGUCGUCCAGAGUAAGAACUCCCACACCAAAGAUGAAAGAGGCCAAAUUUGGCUUCUUCAUCAACGGACAGAACCUUCCAUCCAGGGAGAAUCCAGAGAUCAAGUCGAAGCGAUUCAAGGGCGACUCG